GAAAGGUGUCCAACGUGGUAUCUGCUAUGUUUUAACGUGUGGUCAUUUUUUCCCCAAUAAAUAUUUUGAUAAAUUGAAGAAAAUACCGACAAAAAUAAGCAACAAUGGGGGAGUUCAAGGUGCACCGUGUUCGGUUUUUCGAAUACAUGCCCACAGCAAUCAGAGCGAUGUCAUUCAAUGCCCACACAGAAAGACUUGCCCUGGCAAGAGUUGAUGGUAGUGUGGAAGUUUUCAAUUUUGCUGACCGCUAUUUCCAAGAAAAGGUUAUCCCAGGAAAGGACGCACACUCAAUUGAGGCCCUGUGUUGGGUUGGAGGGCGCCUUUUCAGUGCUGGCCUGCAUGGAGAGAUCACAGAAUAUGACCUGGAAAACCUGAGACCCAAAUACUCCCUGGAGGCAUAUGGGGGUCCUAUUUGGACUAUAAUCAGCAAUCCUCAGGGGACUCAUGUAGCGAUUGGAUGUGAAGAUGGGACAGUAAAGUUGUUUGAGGUACUUGCUGAGGGUGUGCAGUUUGAGCGCAAUCUGGACCGACAGAAAGGUCGAAUCAUCUCCCUUUCUUGGCACCCCUCUGGCACUCGGAUUGCUGCUGGCAUGAUGGACAUGAUUCGCGUUUUUGAUGUUCUGACUGGUCACGCUAUACAGAGACUCCUGGUGGACCGGAGCGUUGGUGGUUGUAAGAGUCGGGAGACUGUGGUCUGGACUGUGGUCUUCCUGUCAGACCACACCAUCUUCAGCAGCGACUCGGCAGGGAAGGUCCAGGUCUGGGACGGACACACCGGCACGCUCGUUAAGACGCACCAGCUGACCAAGUGGGAUGUACUGGCGCUGUCUGUCUCUAAGGAUGAGAGCAGUGUGGUGGCAGGGACAUCAGAGGGUACUGUGGUCCAGUUCCAGUUCAUUGCUCCAAAUUUGCAGCAGCAGGAAAAAGAGUGGGUUAGAACCAGGACGUUUAAGAACCACACCCAUGAUGUGAGAGCCCUGGUGGAGAUUGGAACUGCCAUCGUGUCUGGAGGCAUGGAUACGCAGCUUGUGGUGAGACCCCUCCUAGAAAAAUUUGAGGAAAAGUGCUUUGCUUCAGGACUUCGCAGGAUUCACUUUCCCCACCGGAAUCUAGUGUCCUGUGCACAGAAGGCCAGACUGCUGCUCCUCCAGUUCCCAGGACAGCUGGAGCUGUGGAGACUGGGUGAGAGUGAUGGACAUGGGAAGCCUGGGGACAUUUUGCCUCUGAAGACGAAACCUGAGAAACUCCUUUAUCUGAAGAGGAAGGGGAAGGAUCACAUCUGCUGCAGCGCUCUGUCCUCCUGUGGAGGAUGGCUAGCUUAUUCCACUGUGUCCAGUGUACGUCUCUACCGGCUGCAGACUGACAACAACAUCAGUAUUACCAAGGUACCCAAGCUUCCAAAAGUCCUGCGCUCGGCACACCAGCUCUGCUUCUCCUCGGAAUCCUCCUAUCUCUUUGCUGCCUCCAGCCAAUCAUCAGUCCUUGUUAUUUCCCUUAACCAAUCAGAGUGCAAGUAUGUGCACACGCUCAAACCCAAGUCAGGGUCCAGACAACCCAUUCACUUGAUGACUACCAGUGUGGAUGGGAAAUGGCUGGCGACGGCGAACAGUGACUGUGAGGUCCAUGUCUACAAUCUACAAAAACUAGAGCUCCAUUGUAUGGUACCCAUGUACAGUUCCUGUCCCAGUGCCAUGGGGAUCCACCCCACCACCAACAACCUGACUAUGGUGCACGCCGACCAACAGAUUUUUGAGUUCUCCAUAGCGGAGAAGCAGUACACUGUCUGGAGCCGGAAGCUGCAGAUGCAGGGUCUCCACAACUUGUGGUUGAAUCGGGACACGCCCGUCACCCACGUGACCUUCAACCCUAAAAACCCUGACCAGAUCCUCCUGCACGAUAUGUACAUGUUCUGCAUCAUUGACCAAAGUCUGCCCCUCCCUGACCAGAAGACACAGUUCUACAAUCAAAUGACUCUCAGGAGCCUAUCAGAACAGGAGAGACCCAGUCACCUGCAUGCUUUCAAAGUCUGCAAAUCCUUCCAGGACCUGAUGUGUAUGCGCCUACUAGAUGACCAGUCUCUGGUGGUGGUGGAGCGCCCUCUCAUGGCCAUCAACUCUCAGCUUCCUGCACCCGUCAGACAGAAGAAGUUUGCCACAUAAACAUGGAAGUGUGUUUUUAUUUUUGUCUGUGGCUGCGCUUCGAUUCUCUGUCCUGCUCCCUAAAGUGGACGCAUUGCUAGUAUUUUUAACAAACCUGUAGUGGGUUUAGAGUGCAGGGCAGGGAGUCCAAAUGCAACCCUCUCCACCCUGACCCAUACUUUGUAAAGACUGUUUGAUACAGUAAUAAAUGAAAUAUUUACUGUAA